GAACAUUACUGACGGAUACAUUUUUCAUUGUUUUAAAUAACGAGAGGUCUCUAACCUUCGCUUUCGUCCCCUUCGCAGCCGCGCCUCCACCGCCGCCGCCGCCGCCGCCUCCGAAGACGGUUGCAUGAGUAGCUGUUGGAGAUGUUGAAAGCCUUCCCCAAGGCAACCCUUGAUUCCUCCCCUCAUCCAACGGGAGAGGUCGAUUCACACGCUGUCGCCGCUAAUGGUGAUGGCGACGCUGAGUCUCUGUUUGAACACCAGGGAGAGCGCUAUGAGGAGGACGAGAAGUUGGUGGAAGAGGAACAAGGGGAGGAGAUGGAGGAAGAUGAAGUAGGAGGAGGAAAGGAAGGAGAAGGAGGCUCCGAUUUGCUCAGAGACCAAGACGAUGAUACAAGCACAAAACAUGAAGGCUGUCUCAAGGAACCAUCUUCCAAUCCCGCGAAUUCUUUUGUCAAUUCAGCCAAUUCUCAAGCUGAGUAUCUUAAGGGUGGCAACCUUGUCAAUCAUUCUCCAUCUAAGUUACAUAUCAAACAGACUUCUGAAAACAAUAAUGAUCUCAGCCAGCCUACUUCACAAAGAAGACCAAGGAGCUCCUCUCCCUGUAUUCAGCAUGAGAGUAAAAAUCCUGCAAUUAUAUGUAACUUUUUUGCUAGAGGUUGGUGCAUCAAGGGAAGCUCUUGUAAAUUUCUUCACAAGAAAGAGGUGGUUGACUAUGCCAAUCAGGGGACACAGGAAGAUAGGACUACUAAAGAUGCCAUUGAUUGCAAAGGCAUGCCAAAUGUGGGAAAUUUAACAAAAUCAGAUUUUCUUUUGCAUCGAGCCCUUGUUCAGACAUAUGGUGGGGAAACACAUGGAUUUUCUCAAUUCAAGGACACCAAUUCUCAGGCAUCUAAGAAUGAUGAACAUUUUCAAGUGGAUGGAACAAGGCAGCCAAAGUUCCAACAAAACUGUGCAGUAACAGAUGUACCUUAUACCGAUUUUAGUGAAGAUAGAUACUCAUCAAGUGUUGAAAUUUCAUCUCGUCAUUUUUCAAGUGAACGAAUGAUGUACAAGGAAAUGCCCAGCGGAGAGCAUAGAUAUGAUGCAUCUUCUUUGAUAAAGAAUCCAUUGACUUCAGAAUCUAUUUGUUCUGUGGGUGGAUCCUCUAUGCUUCUUAAUGCACACAAUGAUAGCUGUGACAUCUAUUCUAUUGGGAAAAAGCCAGAUGACCUUGCUAGACAAUAUCAGCCAAGCCAUUUCACACUUCAUGGUUCACACACUUCUGGCUUAAGUAGCUCCAUCAAAUCAAAAUUUGACUACUCUACUCAUUCACUUCGGGAAUCACCUGCAAUUGAAUCACUUCAUUCAUUCGCUCAAGUGGGCACAAGAUUAAGUCAAGGAUCUCCGCCAGUAAAUAUUUCUGUGGAACAAAAACUUCAAGAAAAUGCUUGGGAAACGUCUGUACCUUUUCGACCCUCAUUUUCCCUUGCACCUUUUUUUAAACCUUUUUGUGAAAGCCAAUAUGAUCCAUUUGUCGAUAGCAUUGACCAUCCAAAACGAGUUUUAACUUCUACUUCUCCAAAAGGUACUCUUGUAAGUACGGACAGCCAACAUACAAUUGGUGCUUUUAUAGCCGGAGAUCUUAGACCUGGAUAUGAUGCCAGCAAAUCUGUGAAUUCUUUUACUUCAGCUAGUGAAGGGAUCCUUGUUAUAAGAAAAGAAGUGCAUGAAUAUUCUAGCUACACUAUGUCACCUGGUUUUACUACAAAGGAGGAAGAGAAAGGGCAAAUCCCAGAUUUAACUAAUCCUGCACCUGUUAAUGAGUCAGAACGCAGGAAUAAUUUGAGAGUAGAUAAGGUAAAAUAUUCCAUGGAAUCAAAGGCAAUGAAGAUAUUCCAUUCUGCUUUGGUGGAAUUUUUGAAAGAGUUGCUAAAGCCGUCAUGGAAGGAGGGCCGCUUGAACAAGGAUACUCAUAAGUUGAUCGUUAAAAAGGCAGCUGAUAAAGUCUUGGGAGUGUUGCAACCGCAUCAAGUCCCUAAUGGACCAGAGGCAAUAGACCAAUAUCUAUUCUCCUCCAAGUCAAAACUUCUGAAACUAGUGGAGGCUUAUGUAGACAAGCAUAGUAAAACCUGAAAAAUUCCAUCUUUGGAUAGUUUAGUUAGAUGUGGAUAACUACACUGCUAAUGAAUGUGAUCUAAUCAUUUCGUGAGCAUACUAAACCUACAUCCAGGCCUUGCUAUUUAUGUGUGGUAAGCAUGCAACUCAUUUCCCUGCUUUCUAUUCAUGUUUUUUGCUGGACUAUGGAAGUUGCAGGUGUACUUUAUAUGUCAAAAUAAUAGAGAAACAUCAAUUUUCCGAGUUAUAACGAGAUGGAAGUUUCCAUGUCUUUACUAAUUAGGAAACCGCCAAUGGGACUGAUAGACGGCAGGGAUAUUUUGUGUUAAAUGGAUAGACAUAUUGAAGCAAGUCUACAUUUGUGCAUGUCUUUGCAAAAGCAUUUAAUUGUUAAAUUAGUGUUGCUUUUUGUUCUACUUAUUCGCUAUAACUUAUUGGCUUCACUGAUAUAAGUACCGAAUAGGUUACUCAGAUAAGAGAAAUAAGUUUCCCUAAGAAGAAGGUUAUACCUUUUGGUAUUAUGCUGAGAGUAGGACAUGUUUCGGUAGAAGCCUAUGCACAUCCUCUUAUGUCUAAUGAAGUGUCAUAUUUGGGUAGGUGCUCGGGAAUUUGUAUACAUGCAUCUGUAAAUGCAUAGUACCUUGCUUUUCGAAAUCUUGCUUUAUCAAUUUGUCAAUUUUCUCUUGUAUUCUGGUCAGAUUAAAAUCAGCGAUUAUCGAGAGGUUGCACUCGUGCCUCAUUUUGUUAUGAGAUUAAAUAUACUGGACUUUCUGAUUUUCGUAUGUUUAGGAUGAAGGAAGAUACAGAAGUUUGACAAAAGGUUUGGAGUGGAUUCUCGUUAUAAAAUCUUGAGACGUGUCCGAAUUUUCCAAUCUCUAACACAAUAUGAUGUCUGACUAAAACAAUUUGAUUUCGAUAAAUAGUAAUUAAUUAAAUUAUUAUAUAAUUCAUAACAAAUAAAUUAAUUGAACCCUAAUUCAUUUGUUAUUAAUUAUAUAAACUAGGUCAUGAAUUAUAACAAAUUAUACAAAUCUAGUCAACAUUUCUAACAGGUGGAAUAAAUCUAAAUCUGUAGGAAUAUGCAGGUAUCAUGACUGAUGCUCUCUUUACUUUGAAGUGUGAAUUGAAGAAAAGAAAUUCAAGGAGGGAAAAACAGAGAGAACGACAGUCUUCAAUGAGUUUGCCAAUGUGAGUGACUGCCUCUCGGACCUUGUGGUCUCAAGCAAGGCUGCUUGUGGCCGCCUCACGAACAGCGGCCACCAGCGACACCGCCUUUGGCUGUGAACGGCCUCGUUGUGCUACUGCAGGAGAUUCGAGUGAUGCAUGCAUUGACGAGGAAGGGAAGGAAAGUUUGUUUUUGCCUCAUUUUGAACGGAUAAAAAAAAUGCCCAAAGAAUGACCUGUGAGUGUGGCAUUUGACUGCUUCUAUUUUAAUAGUUAAAAUAAAUUUAUUCUACAGGAAGACAUGGAGAAGAGAUAGGAGUUUGAAAAGAAUUAAAAUGUACAUAACAUGAUUUGCCAUUUUAGUUAUAGAUGGUCAACUUAUGAUAUGAACCAGUAAUAUAGUUCAACAAA